CCGGUAAAAAGUUUGACAGAAUCGGCGUUCAUUUUACAGAUCGAAAAUGCGUCAAAAACAGAAACAACCUAUCAGACUGAUGAAAUGCAAGGCAUAUUCUAGGGAAAUGAUGAUGAGUGCAUACAAGGCAGUGAAAGAUGACCAUUUGCCAGUUGAUAGAGCAGCAAUCAUGUAUGGUGUGCCAAAACAAACACUGAGGGACAGAGUGUUGAACAAAGUCAAGAUCAGCUCAAGGUGGGGAAAAGAUUCAUUAUUCACCCAUGAAGAAGAAGAACUGCUUGUUAGCCAUCUGGAAGGGUUGGCCCAGGUUGGGUAUGGCAUUAAUCGCUCUCAGUUGAACAUUCUUGCAGGUGAUUUGGCUGUGAAACUGGGUAGACGUUUAACUGACUCCAAACUAAGCAACAACUGGUAUUAUGCCUUCUUGAGACGAUGGACACACAGGCUGAAAGUCAUUAAACCAAGGGGUCUUUCAUCAACAAGAGCAGCCGCUGUCACACAGGAUAAUAUUGACAGCUACUUCAGGGAUUUGGAUGCUAUUCUUACCAAGUACUCCCUGAAGUGUAAGCCACAUCUAAUUUAG